GGCUCAUAUACUGCACAGUACCAGUGUAGCGCCAAAGGGGGGAAGGGGAGCAACGAUGGGAACCCUAUUGCAUCACUCGCCACUGGCUGGAUCCUUUGCCUUAUUUACAUACCUACCGUAUACUGUAUAUACCAAGGUACCGUUUUCCCCCAUCCGUAUUCGGACUCUUCCUGCCGUCCCCGCGAUUUUCUUACCCUGCACAGUACGGUGACAGUGACCUGAAUGUGGGGUGGGUGGCCAAGGCCGUCCUUCACUGCUACCUGCCCCCUUUCGUCUAGCAGGUAUCCGCUUCAGACGAUCGAAUAUCUCCCAUCUCGUUCGCUUCUUCGAGGAAAAGAGGCCCACAAGGCCUGCGCCGAACUGCGUCUUGUCGCUACUGGAGGAACACUUCAACACUCCUCCCACACCACCGCUCACUCAAGUCCCUGCCAACAUCACCACCAUGAACAGCCCGCUCCUCCCUGCCAAGCAAGUCCAGAACCCUCUCUCUCUUCAUCCUUCCCGUCCUUCGUGCGUGAGAAAAGAUUGGGAAGCAGCAGUGAUCUGUCACUCUCGCAAGCGUCGGGCGGCAGUUUAAUUUGUAAGGCGCGGAACAAUGCUGGACCAUUGACGUCGAUGGCGCAGAGGGCCAGCGUCACUGUGCAGGGCGUGUGCCCUGGUCCGGGGACUUGGCUUUGGGCCCUGCGUUUGAGGGUUGUGAAGUUGUUGAUCAAUAUCGGAGGGGCAUGGAUGAUAUACUUAGAAUGGGACACAUCACUCCGUACCGCAGUACUGUGUAAACUACACAGUUAUCUACGCUCUUGAGAUCCCCAUAACCCUGGGACUACAAAAUCGUCACCUAUCAUGUAAACAACCUUAGAGACUCCCUUCAUCCCUGGGUCUCUUCUACAAGUACCACACAUCGGAGAGUAGUAUUCCACCUGCGGCAUACCCCAGCCCAAGGCAAAGCAAACCAUACAAGUAACUGCAGACAUCAGAUGAUAUCUGCAUAUCAACCCUCCCCAAAGUAGUCCCUGUCGUGUCGAUCUCUUCUUCUCCGUCCCUCCAUCGUGCUCACCGCUCCAGAAGCCAAGAUACAUGCAUGCUCCAGUACCACGUCCCAGAGACUGCAGUUCAGUACACACAGUACACAACAGGGACGACUUUCAAAUCAGGGUCUCGUACAGCGGAUACGCUUGCAUCGCUUGUCAUU